AACAGCAAGAAGGUAGAAAAUAAAAAGAAACGAGGAAAGGGGUAAAUUAUAAGUUAAAAAUGAGAUUCGGAAGAUACGAAGACACGAGUGAGCACAGGAAAAGAGAGGGACAAAUGAGGGAGAGAUGAGGGAUAGGCGUCCUUGCUUCAAACUAGUCCAUAACUGUACGCACGGACGCCGUGGAGAACCGGUAAUGACGUGAAAGUGCAUCCACGAGUGAGAAGGUAGGCAGGCAGGCAGACAGACCACCGCUCUCCUGGCAGUAUCGCCACGUUCGAAACAAUCCUCUGGAUCGUGUGGCCGCAGUACCGCUGGAGAAAUUGUCCGCCUUUCGACGAGCAAAGUGCGCGCCUGAGUGAAGUGGCAAACGUUGUUCGUCGCGCGAGCAUUCGUUCAUUUCUGUUCUUCGAGUACGCUUUCAUCCUCGUCGCGAUUCGGCCAGUUCACAUUUGUGUCCUGAAUGAUUUUUCAAUUUUCAGUGAGGUGAUUUCGACGCAAUUUUGUGAAAGACGCAGUGUGUCGAUCGAAAAGUGAUCGAGACGCUAAUAUCUUUGCUCGCAAGAGACAAGUGAGAGGCAUACAAGAAAUGCAUCUUGUCAAUAGACAAUCUUGCAAUUCCUAAAAACCAAAAACACACACGAGCGGAAGAUAAUUAUUUCCGUAUAGUCAUCCGAUACCGUUAAGACACACGCUGAAGAAAAAAGACUCCACAAUGAACCUCACGGCUCUUCGAGCUAAUCAAGUUCUGGAAAAGAAGCGCUAACAAAGCUCGAGAACGAUCAUAGAUAAAAAAAAAUGACCGUCGCGAUGGAACACAAGCGGAAGAGUUCGUGGGACUCAAAGAUUUCGGUGAGUACAGUGAGUACCAGAAGAUUCAGCCGUGCAGGAACACCAAGCUCGAUUCUAUCAUCCGACAGCGACAUUCGAUUCACGAGAAAACUCGGUGGCCAAUAUCGCUGCGGAUGCUGCGUCCUCGCUGCUUUCUUAUUCUUCCUCCUCUUCUCUGGUGUCUCUAUAUACCUCGGCUAUACGUUCCUCACUUCGGAUUCACCGGGCGAUCAAAUAUUUCUCGCAACAUUCCGAGUUACCAGAGGUGACUCCUUCACCGCAGACUUAGCAGAUCCCUCCACUGAGACUUUCCGGAUACGAUCGCGGGAAUAUCGUGAUCGCUUUAAUCUUAUCUUUCGCCGCAGCUGGCUAAAAUUAUCAUUUCUUACGGCAGAUGUUUUAGCGCUUGAUGGGGUGGAAGGCCGCGAUUUGGUGGUACAUUUUGAGAUUAGGUUCGAUCCGCGAUAUCAGACUAUAACUACUGGAAAUAUCGUGGACAUUCUGUCGCGGGAAUUAAAUCCCGAAACAUCGCGCUAUUUGGCGAAUCUGACAAUAGAGAUGAAGAGUCUCGAAGUACAAGAAAGUCUAAAGGCCCUGAACGCUCAAAUUAAUCCACAAUCAUCCAUCUCGACAUUACCGCCUACAACGACAGCACCUCCGCCAAGAAAAUGCAACAAGCUGGACUUGCCUUAUUGUAAACAUCUCCCUUAUAAUAUUAGCUCGUAUCCAAAUAUAUUGGAGCAUAAAUCGUUGGCAGAUGUCGAAGAGGAUGUUAUUGCUUUCAGAGAACUAGUGGACGCGGAAUGCUAUCCAUUGGCCUACGACUUUAUCUGUCAGGUGCUGCAGCCUGCGUGUCAAUUGGGUCAUCCGGAAGAUGUGCUGCAGUUGCCUUGUAGGAGCUUUUGCAGGGAAUUUUGGAAUGGAUGCGGCAGUCGUCUUUCUGAGAAGAUAAAACGGGCCUUGGAUUGUUCCAAUUUUCCCGAAUAUAUCGGGCCUGGUAGUUGCAGACCAAAGCCAGGAUGUGUGCAAGCACUUCAGUCUAAAGCUUUAUCACCGAGAAUUUGCGACGGCGUAAUCGAUUGUCCGGAUCUUUCGGAUGAAAAAAACUGUGCCUAUUGUCGAGAUGGUUACAUGCAUUGCGGAGUAGGAAGAACCUGUAUUCCGCAUACAAAACGAUGCGAUGGCAAAGUGGACUGUCCGAAUGGCAGCGAUGAAAAAGAUUGUCUACUUUUGGCACCGAGCGUGCAUGUAUUAAAAUCACAAUCUUGGAGCACACCUCAUGUCGCGAAAUACAAUAAAGAGGGAUAUGUUGUAUUUAGUGAAAAAGGUACUAUUGGCAAACUUUGUACGGCAAAUCUAAAUGCUACCUUACCAGAAACUGAAAUGGAUAAUGUUCUUCAAACGGCAGCAAGCUCACUCUGUACUUUACUCACAUAUACUGGCGUAGCUCUUGUUGAAGUAAGAAUUGAUGACGAAGAAGAUGUCCCAUAUGUAUACAUGGAAGAUCCAUCAGCACCGGAAAUCACUUUUGUCAGGGCUCCUUGUCCUAGCAAGGAAGUCCUAUACGUUCGUUGUUCCGAUCUUGAAUGUGGAAUACAACCUUUACGUACAAGUGACGGAACUCAAAGUCUUAAUAAGAUGGCAGAACCCGGUGACUGGCCUUGGCAUGUUGCGCUUUUCAAGGAGGGAGUUCAUGUUUGCGAUGCUACUCUUGUGGCGGAAAAUUGGUUGCUCACAACUGCGUAUUGCUUUCAAGGUCAACCCAAAGCAGAAUGGUCGGCUAAACUUGGUGUCGUACGACUAUCGAGUACAUCACCUUGGCAACAAGAACGCAGAAUCGUUGGCAUGAUUAAAUCACCGGUGGAAGGUACGACUGUUCUGAUAAAACUGGAUAGACCAGUAACUUUCUCGGAUUUUGUGAGACCAAUUUGCUUGCCCUCCAACGAAGACUCACCGAGCAAUACAUCACAAUGCAAUACUUUGGGUUGGGCAAGAAAUCGUGAUUUAUUACAAAGAGUACAGUUGAAACAUAGUGCAAUGGAAAAGUGUGAAAAUAUUAGUAUUCCUUCGGUGAACAGUGUUUGCACUGAGCAAGCAUAUUCCAUGGACGAUUGCAAUGAAGAAGAACUCGCUGGCAGUCCAAUGUUGUGCCUUCAAACAGAUAAUCGAAGAUGGGUUUUGGCUGGUAUUGGUAAUUGGAGAAUAGCUUGCUCAAAGGAUGGCAUCGAAAGGCCUCGAUUAUACGAUAAAAUUGCAUCACAUAUUGACUGGAUUAAAUCUACCAUUAGUUGAAAGCUUUAAUUGAAUUACUCAAAUAAGCAUUAUCUUUUAAAUAUUUCUCAACGAACGGAAUAUAUUCUCGAAUCUUAAAAAUCGAGUGAAAAAAAAUAAUGUGCAUCGUAAUCCAAAAUUGUGACUUAUAUCAAAGUUAGAAAUUACUGUUACAUGAUCGAUUGUUAUUAUACGCUGAUACAUUUAAUUGUGUCUGUUUUGUAUAUGUUACCUGUUAUUAAUAUAUAAUUUUGCCAGAUAAAAAUAUAUUUUCCAUUUAUUACCGAA